AUGGCAACGUUUAAGAAAAAUUCUAAAGAAAGGAAAAUAAAUGUUUUUCUAUUUAUUAUUAAAAUAAUUUUAUAUUCUAUAUUUUUUUGGAUACUAAAUUGUUCUAAAAGUAAUAAAAAUGGAAAAUAUUAUAGUAAGGAAAAUAAACAUGAAAAAAAAUUAGACCUAAAAUCUUGCAGAAUAUUAACAGAAAGAAACGAGCAUUGCAAACGAGUAUAUGACAAUUCUUCAGAAGAUUCAAAAGAUUACUAUUCCGUAUUAGGAGUUAGUAAGGAUGCUACAAGUAAUGAUAUAAGAAAAGCAUAUAAAAAGUUAACCAUGAAAUGGCAUCCAGAUAAACAUCUAGAUCCUCAAGAUAAAAUAAUUGCAGAAGAAAAGUUUAAGACUGUUGUUGAAGCUUAUGAUGUUUUAUCAGAUGAAGAAAAAAGAGAAAUUUAUGAUUUAUAUGGUUUGGAUGGGUUAAAACGGAACGUACAUACUGAUGUGUCUGACUUUAGUUCUAAAGGAGAAAAUACAUCUGAACUUUUUAAUAGAUUUAUGGAUCCAGUUAAGAAUUUUUCUAUUAAAGACGUAUUUAGUCAACGUUUUCCACAAGUUUCAUCCUUUAUUAAUAAUAUAUACACAAAAGCAGCUAUGUCAUCCACUUCAACAGAUAAAAAUAAUAAAAUUCAAAAAUCACAAGCGUAUGAAGUAAUACUUUUGUUAUCAUUAGAAGAAUUAUAUUUCGGAUGUAAAAAAAAAUUAAAAGUUACAAGAAAGCGAUUCAUUGGAAAUCAAACGUAUGACGAAGUUAAAUUUUUAACUGUAGAUGUAAAACCUGGAUUGCCUGAUGGAACGGCAAUUAUAUUUUAUGGGGAAGGUGAUCAAGCAUCUCCACUUUUAAAACCAGGAGAUCUAAUUUUCAAAGUAAAAACAGAAGAACAUAAAACCUUCCUCAGACAGAGUAAUGAUCUUAUAUAUAAAUGUUUUCUAACACUUGAAGAAGCUUUACGUGGUAUUCAAUUUAUUAUCAAAACGUUAGAUAACAGAGAUUUAAUUGUAAGAGUAGACGACGUUAUUGUGCCUAAUUCUAGGAGGAUUAUUCCAAGAGAAGGAAUGCCAUAUUUAAAUAAUCCGUCAAAAAAGGGAGACCUAAUAAUUGAAUUUGUAAUUAAGUUUCCUGAAAAUUUAAAUACAGAAGAAAAAAAUAUAUUAAGAGAUAUUUUUUCUAAUAAAAGGUGA